CUGCCAGCAUGAUGAAAGGUCUCUUCCCGAUCGCCCUCAUUGUGGCCACUACCCUCGCUGACGUAAGCGGCUCUGUUCUCGUCGCCACGGGUCUGAGCGCGGCGGGUUUGGCUGCCGGAGGUUUGGCUGUUGGUGCCUUGGCUGUUGGCGCAAAGCUUCUGGUUCUUAAGGCCAAAAGGCGCCGUCACGGCCGCGAGGCUGCCCCAUCUUGUGUUUCCUUCGACAACCCAGAAAUGUACUUCGCUCUGGCAGCCAACGGUGACUUUCUGGAUUGUGGGCGUCGCUUCGUUUGUGAGCUAGAGGCGACGCCUGACGAGAACCUAGCCCAGGAGGAACGACUCAUCCGUAACCUUUUCGGACAAGACUCCGUCGCCGUCAACAGCAGCGCUGCUGAAUUUUACGCCGAGGCCGGCAGGCUUGGAGCCGUCGAGGGCAUGGAUGCUUGCGCUGCCACCUUCUCUAGGUGCCCCUUCGAUCGCAAGACCAUCUUUCUGGAAUUCAAGGAGGCUCAGGCAGCCCAGUGAGGCUGUGUGGGUGGGUGUGUAGUUGUCUUACGAGGAUGAGUGACAGCCGCGGUGUAGGGCUGCGCGCAGACCCCGAGGACUGGUAGUGCGGCAGCCGCGGCCGUGGCCUCCACUCUCUCUACUACUACUACUACUACUACUAGCCUACUACUACUACUACUACUAUUAGUAUCCUUGAGUAGUACAGUUACUCCUGCAAUUAAUUCUGCAAUUAAUACUACCACAAGAACUAUUAAUUCUACUGCCAUUAUGCACGCACUUCUACUGCUACUACUCUUGUAUAACUGUCAAGGCUCCAGAGUUGGGUGCUGUAAUCGGAAGGGAUAGCAAUAAACAAGAUGAAUGGUUA